AUGGUGUCAGCAAUCGACGACAAUGCUGCGCUUGACAAGCAGAUUGAAGAGACGACUGCUCCAAAGCAUGGAAACUUGCAUCAAGAUGUUGAGAUUGGACCUGACGCAGUCGACAUCGAGAGGAUAGAGAAAGUGUACGCCAAACUCGAUCGUCGAAUCCUGCCUGCCUUCUGGAUCCUCUACUUCAUGUGCUCGGCCAUACGAUCCAACAUCGGACUGGCGCAGACGAUGAACAUCAAACAAGGCCAUGAUCUUGCUUCCGAGCUCAGCUUGACGCCCAAGCAAGUCUCUACCGGUCUGGCGCUGUUCUAUGUCUGCUAUGUCAUCUUCGACCUGCCUUCGAAUCUGGUCAUGUCGAGAGUCAGCCCGCAUGCGUGGAUGAGCAGGAUCGUCAUUUCUGUCGCCAUCAUUGGCAUGUGCUUCACGGCUGUGAAAGCUGCAUGGAGUUUCUAUCUUCUUCGUCUGCUCCUUGGUAUCGUCAUCGCAGGCAUGUGGCCUGGAAUGUCAUACUAUCUAACCCUAUUCUACCCUCCAUCGAGGACAGGUAAGCGUAUUGGACGCUACUUCACCGCGUCACAGGUCUCUGCUGCCGUUGUCGGCCUAGUCUCAGCCGGUUUUCAGAAAAUGGAUGGCCUGGGUGGGCUGGUUGGCUUUCAGUGGAUGUUUCUGCUUUACGGUGUCGUCGGUUUCCUGGUCGGCAUCUCACUGCUUUGGUGGUUGCCGGAUCGGCCACUUCCUCCUGGCGAGACUCGCGUUCGAACUGGCUUGGAGCGGUUUCUUCCUGAGAGCAAGCCUGCGCUGACGGGCGAGGAUGCCAGGAUUCACUACGAGGAUUUGACGAGAGUCUACCACCGUCGCAUGUGGGAUAUGAAGGAUGUUUGGCACGUACUCAUUGACUGGAGGCUGUGGCCGCUGGUCAUGAUGUACUUUGGUGUGGUAGGUGUCGGCAUUGGGACGCAGAACUACGCCUCUGUCAUCAUUCGAGGUAUCAACCCCGGCCUCAGCGGCAUCGAUCUCAGUCUACUCACUGCGCCGAUCUGGAUUAUGGACCUGAUUGCUAUUUUGAUUGUCACGCCUCUGUCGGACCGCUUCCACCACCAUCGUGCCCUGUUCUUCAGUGCAGCCGUCUUGAUUCAGAUCACCGGCCUGCUGGUCACUACGUUCGCUGGGGGGCUGAACUCAUGGGCUCGCUACGGAGGUCUCCUGAUGGUGGGCUUCGGACUAGGGCCGACGGUGCCCAUCUGCAUGGCCAUGACCAACGAGAUCUUCCAGUCGCGGCACGGCGAGGUGGGCGUUGCCGCCGCUAGCGCACUGGUGUCUGGAUUGGGCAAUCUGGGCAGUAUCCUGACGACGUACGCGCUGUAUACGGGAUGGCCUGCGGACUCUGUGGGUGUGAACAAGUACCGCAAGAGCAACUUGGUCAUGGUUGGCAUCCUGUGUGUGAGCAUUCUGUCAGCCGCCGUCAUGGUCGUGCUGCUGAGGGUGUUUGGCAACAACAAGGCCAAGCAGAUCAGCAGCGCAAGCUCGACCAGCGAGGGCGAGGCUGUGUACGUGGAUGGUGCUGCCAGACGCGAGGUGCAGCAGCGAGGGCUGGGACGAAUGUUUUGCUUCAGGUGA